AAAAUUGAAUGGUCCCCCGUGGCCUACGGCCGCCUCCGCCGAUCUGCCACGCCGGGCCGGACGAGACUCCGGGCCCCACGGCCUACGCCGCRACCCAGGCGCGCRACAUCGCGUCCGCCUUCCACCUGUUUGUCACACUGGCGAUAGAAAGGAUAAUUGUGGAAAUGACGAACCUGCACGGGGCCAGAAAAUACGGUGACGGCUGGCGACCCAUGGACGCCAUGGACCUGCGCGCCUACGUAGGGCUGCUGAUCCUAGUGGGCGUCUACAGGUCCGCUAUGNGAAAAUACGGUGACGGCUGGCGACCCAUGGACGCCAUGGACCUGCGCGCCUACGUAGGGCUGCUGAUCCUAGUGGGCGUCUACAGGUCCGCUAUGUCGCUCAAGGUCUUUCACAGGUACUCGGGGCUGCUGCGAUUCGACGACCGCCAGUCGAGACCCGCAAGACUCGCCACGGACAAACUCGCAGCCAUCAGAGAGGGCUGGGACCUGUGGGAGGCGCGGCUGCCGGCCCUCUACAACCCGGGGCCUGACGUGACGGUGGACGAGCAACUGGUCCCGUUCAGAGGCCGCUGUCCUUUCCGUCAGUACAUCCCCAGCAAGCCGGCGAAAUACGGCAUCAAGUCGUGGGUGGCCUGCGACGCCAAGUCCAGCUACGCUUGGAAGAUGCAAGUGUACACCGGCAAGGCGGCCAGCGGAGRCCCCGAGAAGAACCAGGGGAUGCACGUCGUCCUCGACCUGACAMCGGGACUGAGCGGUCGCAACAUCACCUGUGACAACUUCUUCACCUCCUACGAACUGGGCCAGCGGCUCCUCGAGAGGAACCUCACCAUGGUGGGCACGGUGAGAAAGAACAAGGCCGAGCUCCCGCCCGCGCUGCUCGAGUCCAAGGGCAGACAGGUCCUGUCCUCCAGGUUUGCCUUCACACCCACCGCCACUCUAGUGUCCUACCUGGCAAAGAAAAACAAGAACGUGCUACUUUUGAGCAUGCUGCACACAGAGGACGACAUUAGCGAUCGCCGCGACAGGAAGCCGGCCCUCAUCCUAGACUACAACUGCAACAAGGGCGGCGUGGACAACCUAGACAAGGUGGUCGGCAUGUACAGCUGCAGACGGAUGACUGCCCGCUGGCUCCUGGUCGUCUUCCACAACAUCCUCGACGUGUCCUCCUACAACGCCUUUGUCAUAUGGCGAGAGAUCAAGCCUGACUGGAUGCCUCGCAAGCGGAACAAGCGCAGGGUGUUCCUGGAGCAGCUGGGAAAGGCACUUGUGAAGCCGCUGUUCCAAAGAAGGCAGCAUCUCCCCCGCACCGAAGCGGCGUCAGCACUUGUCAAAGUCCUACAGAGUGCUACGGCGGCGGCUCGUGAUCCACAGCGCGAGGAGCCCGCCGCUGCCCCGGCCACUGCCCCGCUCGCUGCCCCGGCCACCGGGGCAAGUAAGAGGAAGAGGUGUCAGCUCUGCCCACCCAAGAAGGACUCCAAGACACACACGGUGUGCUGCAGGUGUAAGAAAUACAUCUGCAAAGGCUGUUCACACGCAUACUGUCACACUUGCGCACAUUGGGCCUUUAGCCAGGACGGGACAGGGUGACCCGGAGGACGCGGGGACUAGACACAAUACGAGGACGACRGGAGGGAUAAGUCAAGAUGUAUAUUUUGUCUGUCAGCUAGCAUCACCAUUGCAGCCAAUGUAAUAGGAGAGAAAUGGGAGCACAAUGAAGCAAAUUGACAUUAAUGAGUAUUGAAUGUUUCAGAGCAUACAUGUCCCAUUUGUAAAUGCUCCCCAGCAGCCUAGUGGAGCAAUUCUGUACAAAUUCAACUUACAGGACCUUUCUAAAUGGAGCACUUAAUUAGGGUAAACCCACAGUCUGUCAGUGCACCUCUAGAGACCURAAACACAUGGGGAAUGUAGUAACUAUUGCAGCACAGCUCUCACUAUACAAGGAUAGCAAAUCAAAGAAGUUUAAAAUCAACAGAGUUUGGAGACCGUUAAAUGAUAAUAGAGCAAAAUGUAGAACUGCAGUGAUAAAGCCGUUAUCAGAUCAUCUUUGUUCAGAAACCCAGAGGACAACAGAGAGGAUGAUAUGAGCAUCUUCAUGCUUCGUGCAUAUUUUAACAUUCCGCUAAGGUUCUUCUGGRAGAGACUCAAACCAUGGGCAGGCUCAAUAAAGGCUGAAUGUUACUGGUAAUGGCAACCUGUGCAUUAAGGAAGCUUUUCUACUAUUUCCUGUUCCUGAGGCAAUUGUAGCAGGACACUUUGAGCACUAACRUGAAUCAAUGUAGGUCCUACAGCUAUGGAGGUUUAUUUGUUUUCUCGGCACAGGAAUGCCGAUGCCGAGCAUGCUUGUGCAUCAGGAUUAGACCUACAACUUUUGAAUCAUUUUCUGGCCUAGGCUGCACCGGACCCUCCUUCCCGACAGCUAAAGGUCCCAAAGCUACUGUGCAUGUGCCCGAUUCCCUACUUUACGCACAGUCUUCGCUCUGCUUGUUCGGCUGCACAGAGAACAGGAUAGGCCUACACUGGCGAAUGCUGCUAGUUUAAUAAAGUUAGAUCAGAGCUGAAUCAUUGUCUGCAAGAUCACA